AUGAAUAAUAAGAGUGAAGAAUUAGUUUCUUAUUCGAAUGGUAAAAAUGAAUCAUUUAUAGAAUAUAUUGAAUUAAUAAAAAAAAGUCAAUUACAUUGGGAAAUAAUAUUAAAUCGACCAGAAAAAUAUAAUGCAAUAACAAGUUCUAUGUAUGAUCGUUUAACAGAAAUCUUAAAUCAAGGAGCAAAAGAUGAAGAAUUAGUUCUUCUUUCAAUAACUGGAAAAGGAAAAUAUUAUUCAUCAGGAACUGAUUUAACUGAUCCAGCUAAAUCAUUUGCAUCAACAACAACAACAGAUAUUGAAACAAUAGCUGAACGAGGAAAAAAUCGAUUAAAAAGUUUUAUUGAAAGUUUAAUAAAUUUUCCAAAAAUUUUAAUAUCAUUUGUUAAUGGACCAGCUAUUGGUAUAUCAGUGUCAACAUUAGCUUUAUUUGAUGGAGUUUAUGCAUCAUCAUCUUCAACAUUUUCUUUACCAUUUAUACGUACAGCACAAACAACUGAAGGUUGUUCAUCAUUUACAUUUCCAAAUAUAAUGGGUUCACUUCAUGCUAAAGAAAUUCUUUUAUUUGAUCAAAAAUUAACAGCAGAACAAGCACAACAAAGAGGAUUAGUUACAAGAGUUAUUCAAGAUGAUUUACUUGAAAAAGAAAAAGAUGAAAUUUGUCAAUUUAUUUUAUCAUUACCUAAACAAAGUUUAUUAACAACUAAACAAUUAAUACAACGAUGGAAUAUUGAUACACUUAAAAUUGUUAAUCAACAAGAACUUAAUAUUUUAAAACAACAAUGGUUAUCUCAAGAAUUUCCACAAGCUAUUUUAACAUUUAUCAAUAGAAGAAAAAAAUCGAAUUUGUAA